UUUGUUAGCUUCUCAGCCCUUUGUUGUCUUUAGGUUCAGGCUACUCCACUAUCCAACAGUAUCAAAAUAGCCUGCAAAGUUCAGCUCUUACCAGACAGACACGCAUCCUAAUUAAGGUCUAUCAAGCAACACACCUGUAUUCAAUUAGGUGCCCUGCCCUGGCCAAGUGGAGCUUAUAAAGCUGCUCCGUAGAGGCAGGCCAGAUUCAUUUGAUAGAAGAAUUUAGAAGAGAACAAGGUGAUUUUAUCCCAGAACCCUACAGUUUUGUGUGCUUGGUUAGCAAAAAAAAAAAAACACCUUGAACCAUGGGGAUGGAGAAGACUCACGUCAAUAUGGUGAUUAUCGGUCACGUCGACAGUGGAAAGUCGACCACCACCGGCCACCUGGUGUACAAAUGUGGUGGCAUCGAUCAGAGGAGGCUGGAGAAGUUUGAGAAAGCUGCAGCGCAGAUGGGGAAGAGUUCCUUCAAAUUUGCCUGGGUGUUGGACAAGCUGAAGGCUGAGCGGGAGCGAGGAAUCACCAUUGAUAUCUCACUGCUGAAAUUUAGCACUCAGAAGUACACCAUGACUAUAAUUGAUGCUCCGGGUCACCGUGACUUCAUCAAGAACAUGAUAACAGGAACGUCACAGGCAGAUGUUGCCCUCCUGGUGGUCUCUGCAGCUAAAGGAGAGUUUGAGGCCGGCGUGUCUAGAAGCGGUCAGACCAGAGAGCACGCCUUACUGGCGUACACUCUGGGCGUCAAGCAGAUCAUAGUCUGCGUGAACAAGAUGGACCUGACGGAGCCGCCUUACAGCCAGAAACGCUUUGACGAAGUGGUGCGAGGCGUGAGCGGCUUCCUCAAGAAGAUUGGCUACGACCCGGCGACCGUCCCCUUUGUUCCAAUCUCUGGCUGGACUGGGGAGAACAUGAUCACUGCAACACAGAAGAUGCCCUGGUUCCAAGGCUGGAAAGUCAGAAGACGGGAAGGGAAUGCAAGUGGCCGAACUCUGCUAGAAGUCCUGGACUCCAUUCAGCCACCUGUGCGCACCAUCAACAAGCCCCUGCGAUUACCUCUGCAGGAUGUCUACAAAAUUGGAGGAGUUGGGACCGUGCCAGUCGGUAAAAUUGAAACUGGCAUCCUCAAACCCGGCAUGACUCUGAUGUUCUCCCCUGCCAAGCUCACCGCCGAGGUGAAGUCCAUCGAGAUGCACCACCAGGGGCUGGAGACGGCUCUCCCAGGACACAAUGUUGGGUUCAACAUUAAGAACGUGGCUGUCAAGAACCUGCGGCGAGGGGAUGUGGCCGGCAACGCCCAGCAAGAUCCUCCAUCAGACGUCAGCAGCUUCGAGGCGCAGGUGAUCAUCCUGAACCACCCAGGGAAGGUCAAAGCAGGCUACUCUCCCGUCCUCGACUGCCACACUGCCCACGUGACCUGUCGCUUUGCUGAGCUGAAGGAGAAGCUCGACCGGCGAACAGGCAAGAAGCUGGCGGACCAGCCGCAGAUACUGAUGUCUGGAGACGCCGCGACAGUCAAGCUGGUUCCCAUCAAGCCCAUGUGUGUGGAGAGCUUCUUCACAUACCCUCCCUUAGGACGCUUCGCUGCGAGAGACCUGAAGCAGACGGUUGCUGUAGGCGUCAUCAAGUCAGUGGUGAAGGACCAAGGGUCAAAACUUAAAGCCCAAGUGUGUAAAUAAGUUUGUGUACCAGUAUUCUGGUAUGUCUCCUUUGUGAACAGUUUUAUUUUCUGAGAUGCAAUUUGUGUUUGACACAAAGUAUUUAUGUUGUCUUAAAGUAAAUAUUCCUGUGUUUAUUAAAUCCAAAAGAAGCUGUAAUGGACAAUGAAGUUUGGUUGAAGUGUGAACUGAGAAAAUAAAUGAUUAUUAUUUGGAGAA